AUGAACGGCGCAACACCCGCGCGCAGAGGGCCUGGCGGGUUUCCUGCAACUCCACAGCAGCCAUGGAAUCGCUCGCCUGGCGCGCGCAGCCCCAAUACCUCCACACCUGCCUCCACACCUUCCAGGCCAAACGUGCGGUCGCCCAUACAAGAUGUGCCUCGAGCUGCACCGCCACACUCGGGGCCUGUCAUUCCAGCCGACAUCCUCGAUCCCGCGCAGCAGCGCUUCUACCUCUUCGCCGUCUACAUCGCCCUUUGGGCCUACCGAUCGUAUGACUUCUACACACUCGCCGUCGAGGAGGACGAGUCGCUGUGGCUCUGUCUCAAAUGGUGCUUCUUCGACAUGAUCUUCAUGUUCGGCGUGCCGCUGCUGGAGAUUCCCUGGUUGGAGUGGAGCAACGGCGCUGCCUUCUUGCUCUUCGUGACACACGCCGCGCUUGACGUCAUGCUCAUGUUUCGCAUCGGCAUACCAGUCCAGGCCUGGGCAGUCGGCUUGGUCGGCUUCCUAUGGGACAGCGAGCUUGCCAUCAGCGAGCGCAGCGUCAAGCCAGGCUCCAUCCUGCACAACGCCUCACUUAUCCUGGGAAAGCAGAUAGUCAACAUCCUACCAGAGGGAUCCGCCAUCCUGAACCCGAACAAAGAGUCCUUCUGCCUGAACUCGACCGUCACCUACCUCGAGAUCCCCAUCAUGAUCAACCAGACCGAGCCGAUUGAGAUGCAGCUACUGCGCAUUGACUUCGAUACUAACGCCAAUGAGACAAUAACCAUACAGAAGAACGAGCUCGGCAAGAUGCUGAAGAAGGCACGAAAGUUCACACGAUCUGCGCACCCAGACGACCCUUUGACAAUACGAUACACUGUGAAGAAGCCGGGUGUGUACUUGCUCAGCAAGGUCACAGAUCAUUCCAAGCUUCAAGUGCGGCCGCGCGCAGCUAGCGUGAUAGUUGCUUCCUGCCCACAGGCCCGAGUCAAGCCUACCGGCGACAAGCGCUGCCGUAACGAUCUUUCCAACGUCAGGCUCGAAGCUGAGGGAACUCCGCCACUCAACAUCAAAUACCAGCUAUCAGUGAACGGCAAACCGCGAGGCGUCUCAGAGUUCCACGGCCUUCAACCCGAGGACGCUGUCUCGCCCUUGACACGACACACCUCGCAAGCCUUGGUCAAGCACGGCCGUGAGGACGUUUCGUGGGCACGCUCGCAGAAAGUUUCCGUCCCCCUCAAUGAGACACUGUCAACUAGUGGUCGAUGGGAGUAUGAGGUUAUAGAGGUGCGAGACGGCUUAGGCAAUGUCGUCAACUUCAGGGAUGUUGAUGACGAUGAGCGGCCGAAGGCCAAAUUCGCUGGACUCCGCCAGUCAUUCGAUGUCCAAGAACGACCGAAGGCAUACCUUAGAGGCUGCGAUCCUUCAAAGCCACUGAGAGUGGCAAAGGGCGAGGUUGCUCGUCUACCAGUCCACUACGGCUCAACAGGCAAGCAAGCCAUUGACGGACAGCACACCAUCGAGUAUCUCUUCACACCCGAGACUGAAAUCGUCACGGACGGGUACCAGAGCCCAAAUGCUGUAUCGAAGAAGCAGACAAUGCGAAACGUUCGGGAACAACCGCUAAUAUCUGAAGCCGGUCUAUAUACAAUCAAGGCUGUGUCCACUGAUACUUGCGAAGGAGAGGUGCUGGAGCCAGCCUCAUGCCUGCUUCAGAACCCGCCUGAACCGGGGCUCUCUCUGACAAGCGAAGACAUCGUGGAUAGAUGUGCUGGCAACCCCAUUGGUCUGCGCGUGGGAAUAGAUCUUAUUGGUAGUCCACCUUUCGUGAUCAAGUACACUGAGCACAACAGCAACAACCGUCGAAAGAUCGCGAAGGAGCUGAAUAUCCCUACGCUUCGAAGCACAGCUGAUUUCACUCCCCAAGACGCAGGCCACUACAAGUACACCUUCGAGAGCAUCCGCGAUUCAGUCUACAAAGACACACCUCUGAGAAACUUUGAGCUGCAACAGAAUGUCAGACCGUCUGCAAAGGCAUUUUUCGUGGAUAGGAAGCCUAGGCAUGUCUGCAUUGACGAUUCGGUCGACUUCGAUGUGAAGUUGUCAGGAGAAGCACCCUGGAAGCUGGAGUACGAAGUUGUGCACAAUGGCAAGCGCGUCAAGCGUACCGUUGAGACAGCCGAAGAGUACUACACCAUCAGGACUGACAAGCUCCGCAGCGGCGGCGAGUACAUCGUAACCCUGGCGAGCAUCAGUGACAAGAUGGGUUGCAAAGAGUAUCUGAAGGAGGAGGCCAAGGUCAAUGUACGCCACGAGCGACCCAAGGCUUACUUCGGUCAUAUCGAAGGCAAGCAAACAAUCAUGGCACUUGAGGGCAGAAGUAUCGGUCUGCCUCUUCGCUUCACCGGAAAUGCCCCUUGGAGGCUGGAGUAUGAGGUUUUAGAAACCAAAGACGUCAGGAGGGGAACUUUCAACAACGCAAAUGCGCUCCUGGAUGCCAAGACAGAUGGCACUUACCACCUCCUCUCGGUCAAGGACGCUGUGUGCCCUGGACUGAUUGAAGAGAAGGCUGACCAGUUUUUGGUACAAUGGGUCGCCCGGCCGAAGCUUACGGUUUCUGAGUCUGACGUUAUCGCUUUCGACGGCAGCAAGUAUGUUAAGGAGCCGGUCUGUGAAGGAGACGAAGAUGCGCUGGAGGUUUCUCUUCAUGGAAAUGCUCCAUUCGACGUCUCAUACCAGACCCAGCAGAAUGAUCCCAAGGGCAAGCUCAUCUCCGUCAGAAAUAAGGACCUACAUGUCGCAGGUGGUCAGGCGUCGAUCCGAUCGGAGACUGCUCAAGCUGGCACCUACGAAUACACCUUCAAAAAGCUGUCCGACUCUAGAUACGAUCACUCUAACAACCACUUCCCGCCAGUCAGCAUCAAGCAGACCGUUCACCCGCGUCCAAGUGCCCGCUUCGACAAGCCAGGGAAAACUUACAGCUACUGCUCUAGGGAGUCGGAAGGUGAAGAAGUCAUUCCGAUCUCGCUUGAGGGUGUCGCGCCUUUCUACCUGGAGGUGGAAAUCAAGCAUCACGGCACGCCCAAGCCGGAGAUCAGCAUCCAUAAGAACAUCCCGACCAACAAGUACGACCUCAAGAUCGAGCACCGCAAGCUGCAUCUCGGACAUUCAUCCAUAUCGAUCCGCAAGGUUCGCGACUCGCGAGGCUGCACCCUCAAACCUGCUCUUGGUGGUCCUCGUGUACAGAUCAGCGUGCACGAUGCCCCCGCUGCCACUCCUCUUGAGGACCGCACAAACUAUUGUGUCGGCGAGCGCCUCUCAUUCGCACUUGGCGGCCAGGUUCCGUUCACCGUCUACUACACCUUCGAGGGUCAAGAGCGUAAGGCAUCCAACGCCGGCACCACCUUCCGCCGCCUCGCUGAGCUUCCCGGUACCUUCACCAUCACCGGUCUGCGCGAUUCCGCAUCCGAAUGUCUCGCGUCUCUGGAUCUCACUAAGCGGAUCCACCCCAUUCCCUCAGUCCGCCUUUCAGGUGGUCGCGUGGACGAGAUCGAUAUCCAUGAAGGCGGCGGCACCGACCUUGACUUCCAGUUCUGGGGCACCCCGCCGUUCGAGUUCACGUAUACGCGCAGCACCAACGCUGCAAGGGGAAAGAAGAGCAAAGUUCUCGAGAUUCGCACUGAGGUCAGCCAUGAGAUGAGCAUGCGUAUUCCCAUUCAGGAAGAGGGCACGUAUGAAGUUGUUAGCAUCAAGGAUACGUGGUGCAGCUUUGCCCGCAACGACAUCGAGGGACUGGAGAAGGGCAAGGGCGCUACGCAGAAGCUGUUACAAUUCUAA